UUCAGCGGUUUAGGCGUGAAAAGGUAACUAAGUUACUUUCGCAUUUAUAACAUUAAGUAUGGAUUAUCCUGGCAAUCAAUAUUUAACAUAGAUUAACAGUUUCCUUUUGUAUAGUGUAUUAGGCUCAUCCGGUAUUUGAUUUGUACAUUCUUCCUAUGAAUUUUACAGCCUUGAUACGAUCUAAGUCUGCUAAGUAUACAAAUUAUCGUUCCGAUGCUUCUACGAAGAGCGAACCAAGAGCGUCGUGGACGUCGGAACCUUUGAAACUUUUAGCGACCAGUGACGUCUUCCUCGAGCUCGUUCCUCCUUUAUGAAUAAUUACCCCCACCCUCUGCGACGGUCGUCAUCGACAGUCGGUGAUGUCUGCCAGACAACACGCGAUCCCAGAAUCGAAGAAUCGCCGCGUGAAUCACGGUCGUGGCUGCGGAUCGAUCGCCUGACUCUUCAAUCCUAUCGAGCCUGGCAACAGACGCAUAUUAUAUUAUAGCAUUCCAAGCGACCAAGUACGAGAGGAAGCGAACAUUAAGCGUUUAAAGUCGUGGGUUCGGGGGUGGAAAAGUGGGUCGGUCGCAGGACAAUAAACCGACAGCCUCAUAUUGUUUCCAGCCCCACGUGGUGGCGACUCGGCCGCGAGAUGCCAAGCGCGUCGACGGCUCGACCGUGUAUCGAUCCCGUAAGUUUCCACUCGGUGGCGACCUCCUCUGCGUGCGCAGCCCUUUCAUCUCGGUUAUUUACCAAGCACCCUUAGACCGAGUAAGGAGACUCCUGGAGAACGUGUAAAUGGUGAGGGGGAAGUCGUCGAAGGGCAGGUAACCGGGCCAGAAAACACGCAAGAAACGCAGAGAAGGGUCGCGCUCGUCCGCUGGAGAAACGGAAAGCAGUCCUGUUCGUAACGGGUUGUCGAAUACCAUCGACGACGAGACGAGAGGACGAGCCCUGGGGGGGUUGUACGUGGUCGGAGCUCGCGAACAGAGGACGUUGAAGCUCGCAUCGAGGCGGACCGGGAGCAGAGGGCGUCGAAGCCAGUCGAAGGAAGACAGUUUGCCGUGUUAAGCAAACCGAGAGCGUAAAAGCAACGUAACUCCAAUGUAUUACGGUCCCCCUCGCGCUAACGAAGCCGUUGAAAUAUGUCGCUACCACGAGAAUGGAGCCUGCAGGAUUCGGUCGAGCGUGACACUGUCGCCUGUGCGACAGCGUCGCAGGAGAUGGUCGGCGCUACCGUCAUCGACGAGAACAUGAAUCAACAGAAUCAGCUGGGCUCCCUGUUGUCGAUCCACUCGGCUCCCGUCUUCGACCUGAGCAACGGCGUGCCGUCGCCGAAGAGGCCAGCCUCGCUGGCCGUCCAGGCGACGGCUACCUCCACCCCUAUCGUGCCGCCCCAUCUCCAGAGCCCGGAGACGAUCGAGGACGAGGACAACGACAACCUCCUGACGAUAUCGAGCCUCACCGCCAGACCGUUGAUAGCCAAAUCGAGGGAGCUCAGGUCGACCAAGUGCUCCUCCGCGAAGAAAAGGAAACCGAGAAGGUACGAGACCAAGAAGCCCAGGAACAUCACCUAUGUACCGUUGGACGGCGGCUACGGAUGGGUGAUCGUCUUCGGGGCGUUUUUCGUUCAAUUCUGGGUGGCUGGCCUGGUGAAAUCCUAUGGAGUGUUGUACGUCGAGGUCAUGGAGACAUUCAAGGACGCCACGGCGUCGGUCGCUUCCUGGAUACCAGCUAUUCUGUCCUGUCUUUGCCUCGCACUGGCGCCUGUGACGAGCAUGCUGUGCCAGAAAUACAGCUGUCGGACGGUCGUGUUCAUCGGGGGAUUGUUCUGUGCUUUAGGAUUAACGAUAAGUUACUUCGCCACGAGCUUGGUGCAUCUCUUUUUUACAUUUGGAGUCUUGACAGGUAUCGGUGGCGGUCUGUCGACGACGCCUGGCAUCAUCAUCGUCUCCCAGUAUUUCGACAAGCACCGCGCCUUGGCGAACGGGAUAUGCGUAUCGGGCACAGCGGCCGGCAGUUUCGUGUUUCCUCUUCUGAUCGAGGUGCUGGUGGACAAAUUCGGUUUCCACGGGACGAUCCUCCUCCUUGGCGGUUGCAUGCUCCACGUAUGCGUGAGCGCAACCCUCUACCGACCGUUGGAGAACAACUAUGCGCCCGAGGACGUCGCGCAGGUGUCGGUGAAAACUGAAAAGAUCGAGAUAGCGACAACGAAGGGGCUAGGGACGACGAAGCAGCAGAAGCUGGACUUGCUGUUCGCUAACGACGCGACCACCAAGCACAAUCUGUUGAACGAAUUGUUCCAUCAGAAUGGCGUGGUGGCCGUCGAGUUGACGGACAGCGAGGAGGAGAAGGACGUGAUAGGCGAGUGCCUCAGGAUGAAACCCAUCUCGAAGAUACGUAGCUCCAGUUUAUUGCACAGCGUCGAGGAUCUGUCGACGGACUCCACGUGCGUGUACAAAGCCAGGUCGUCGUUGAGAUCGUUGAGAUCGUCGGUGACCGCCGUGUGCGCUCCUCCCCAAACCGAACCUCCGGCCCAGGAGGGACCGAAGACCAUCGUCCAGAAGAUAAUGAAGUACAUCGAUCUUUCUCUGUUGAAGAAUCCACAGUUCAUCAUGAUGUGUCUAUCGGUCAGUCUCAUGUCGACUGGAAGCCCUUACAUGCUCUAUUAUCUGCCGGCGUACGUCCACGCGGCCGGUUACACGAAAUCGGAAGCGGGCUACCUGGUGGCCAUUUCCGCCGCUCUUGAUUUGUGCGGACGACUGGGUCUCGGUUGGCUCUCGGACCUGCAGCUGUUCGAUCGACGGAAAGGAUACAUUGGAAGCGUGGUGGGUGCUGGAGUAGCUGUGUUGGCGAUCCCGAUGGCUCAUUCUUUCUACGUGCUAGCAUGCUCCGUUGGCAUGUACGGAUUAUGCCUGGGUUGUUGGUUUCUCUUAGUUCCCGUCCUUCUUGCUGACCAAUAUGGAACCGACAAAAUAUCCUCCACCUAUGGUCUCGUUAGGAUGUUCCAAAGUGUUGGAGCAAUUUCUAUUCCACCUCUAGCAGGUUACCUACGCGAUGUAACUGGAAGUUACACCGUAUGUUUUCUCUGCAUGGGAACUUGCAUGGUCAUGGGAGGUCUACCUCUGCUCCUGGUUUUUAACGAAGUAUCGAAAUCAUCGAAGAUUACCGUUAAUGCCGAGAACGGUAAUACGCAAGGAGAGGCGACCGUGAAAGAAUAAAGAUAUUUUGCGAAUGUGAUUAACGAAACGAACGAAUGUGUAAUAGAAAACUAAUAAAUCGCAACAUUUGUCGCUACAAUUAUUCCACUAUGAUGUAUUGCUUGGUUCAGUUGUAUUCGAAAAAAAAAAAAAGAUUUACGAUAAAUACCUCGGUCGCGGCAGGUAAGGGUGAUUUUCUUAAAUUUUUAUAAAUGCACGUAUCUAGUUUAUUGGUAAAUGAACGUUCUCAUUUACACUGUUCACGUUUAAGUAAAAAUCUUAACGUAGGAUUAAAAUCGUUGUAUGUACAAUGUAAAGAACUGCUUCUAAAACUGAUUUACAAUUGUAAUUUGCCUUAUAUUAUACAUUAUAUAUAAACAGUAUGUACAUCAUAUUUACAUGUUACAUUAUGAUUAUUUGUAGAAAACGAAGAAUUGCGGCAGGUUCUGCGAUAAAAAAAAACAAUCUUAGUACGAAAUACAUAUUUUUCAUACAAACAGAUGUAAUUAAACACAGUGAUCUUUAAUAAAAGUUAUAUUCUUUUCACUUA